AUGAGCACCCCAGCUAUCCCCCAGGACCUGGAGUUGAACCCGAGUCAGAGGGCCCAGUCCGCGUUCAGAGAGCAAAGAAGACAGAAACUCAAGGAGCAGCUGUUAAAAAGAAAAACUUCCUUUGCAUGCAAACAGGAAAAUCAGAUGUUACUCAGUGAUGGAGAUCAGAGAGUCAGGACAGCUGAAGGCCAGAUCCACGAAGGGAAAAAAGUUCUGAAAAUGAAGACAAAAAUGGCUGAUAAAGAGAAUGUCGGUAGACCUACCGGGAUCAAAAAUAAUUUAACAGUGGAAAAAAACUGUAUUCCUUUAAAACCUUCUAAUGAAUUAACCAAUUCAACUACAGCUACGGAUCCACCUAAUUCUGAGGAUAAUAAUCAAACUCUGCCAUUGUUACCAGUUAAAGAUGACCCCCAAAAUCAGCAUAGAACAUUAAGCCAAACAUUUCACCUUAAAAACAACAGUAAAAAAAAAACAGUGAUUACAGAAAAACCAAAGCACGACACUAACGUGCCCAAGAAACCUGUGCUUGGAGCAUAUCGUGGCCAAAUUGUUCAGUCUAAGAUUAAUUCCUUUAGAAAACCAUUGCAAGUCAAAGAUGAGAGUUCUACAGCAACCAAGAACCUUCCAGCGACUGUCUCUAAAGCCACAAAGCCUCAGCCUGGAGACGUCAGCAGCAUAACAGUGAAAAGUGAUAGAGCCUCACAUAUGACAACUGCCACUAAAUUUGCAAACACUACAUCUCACAUCCGACACCUUGUGCGACCUCCUAUUAGAAGUCAGCACAGUGAAACCCGGGACGCCAUGAAACAGGGCAGCAGCAGGAUGUCUGCCAAUGUCACAGUCCGAAAGGGGCCUCGAGAGAAAGAGUUAAAUACAGUUUCGUCUGGCAUCAAGACCAGUUCUUCACAGGACACAAAAGGAAAUAAGACACUAUCAAAAAGCAUGACAGCUGAAAUGGUAGCCAGGCCUGCUUCAUCUUCUAAUACUAAACUGAUAGAAAAGUCAAAAAGCACUGACCAGCGUAGACACACUAUGGUGAAAGCAGCUGUCGACAGUAGAUGGACUCGGCCCAAAGAAACUGCGGAAGAGAGAAAAGCUCGUCUGAGUGAGUGGAAAGCUGGCAAAGGAAGAAUUCUGAAACGGCCUCCAAGCUCAGCAGUUACCCGGCCUGAGCCUGAAACACAAGAUGAACAACCUGUUGGAUCCUUCUGGACUACCAUGGCAGAAGAAGAUGAGCAACGACUGUUUACUGAAAAAGUAAACAAGACAUUUUCUGAAUGCCUGAAGCUGAUUAAUGAGGGGUGUCCAAAAGAAGAAGUAUUAGUUACACUAAACGACCUGAUUAAAAAUAUUCCGGAUGCCAAAAAGCUUGUUAAAUAUUGGAUAUGCCUUGCACAUAUUGAAUCACUCACAAGUCCUAUUGAAAAUAUUAUCACAGUCUAUGAGAAGGCCAUUCUGGCAGGAGCUCAGCCCAUUGAAGAGAUGAGACAUACAAUUGUUGAAAUUCUGACAAUGAAGAGUCAAGAAAAACUUAAAUUUGGAGAAAAUAUUGAGGAGACUUGUGCAACCAAAGAAGAAAUCCAGGAAGCCCACACUGACGAUACAGAUGUUGAUCUAGAAUCAGAAAAACUGGAAAUGGAAAAUAAGCAUCCUAGAAAUGUGGUGUUUCAAGAUUGUGAAAAAGAGCAAAAUGACAAAGUAAAAGACCCAACCAGUGAUGUUAAAACCCCAAGUACAAACACUAGGGCAGGUUGCUUAAUUAAAUAUAAUGUGUCCACUACGCCAUACUUGCAAAGUGUAAAAAAGAAGAUGCAGUUUGAUGAAACAAAUUCAGCAUAUAAAGAGCUAAGGUUUCUAACACCAGUUAGACGUUCUCGACGUCUUCAAGAGAAGACUUCUAAAUUGCCAGAUAUGUUAAAAGACCAUUAUCCUUGCGUGUCUUCAUUGGAACAAUUAACAGAGUUGGGCCGUGAAACUGAUGCUUUUGUGUGCCGCCCCAACACAGCCCUGUGCAGCAUGUUCUCAGAGCCUGACCCGACAGAAGAGGAGUAA